GCAUUAGGGCUCACCAGCCCUGUGGGCCCCUUUGCAAGUUAGCUUGCGUUCCACCAACAAAUAACAAUGACUUGCCAUGUGAGGUUGAGGUUGGGAGGUGAAGCUCUGCAUAGCAUAAUGGUGGUGGUGGUGGUGGUGGUAUAAUGGUGGUGGUGUUGUGGAGCCAUCACCGCUCUCACGUUUUCCUUCUCUUCCUCCCUUUUUAAUCUCCUCUUUCUCCCCGCCGCGACUUUCCAUUUCCCGUCUUCUCCGUGAUCGAGCUUCUCUGUUUCUUGCUGCGCGCCUCCACUUCGUUUACGGUUCCACUCCGCCGGAAGAAGCUUCUCGGGUCGGGAGGGGAGGAGAUGGAGGAUGGGGUGGGCCACCUGUUCGACCACAUCGAGGACUUGCUUGACUUCCCCGGCGACGAGGACGGGUUUGGGAUGGUGCCGGAGCCGAUUCUUCUACCUUCGCUGCCGGUUCGCGGCGCCGACGAGGUUUUAGGCGGAGAGGGAGGCAAGAAGGCUGACGGCGAGUUCAGCGUGGAGGAGGGCGAGCUCAAUCCGUGCGAUGAGCUUGACAUCGAGCAGCUAGAAUGGAUGUCCAAAUUCCUCGAAGAUUCUGAUUCGUUCUCGAUCGGCCUUACGGCCGCCGGGGGAGGGGGCGGCGACGCCGCCGAGAAAAGUGUCGGUGAGCGUUGUUGCUUUCGUACCUCGAGUCCGGUCUCUGUUCUCGAAGCGAACACAAAUGGGGGCGGCGGCGUAAGCAGCGAUUCCAGCAUCACCACCUCGUCCUCUUCCUCCUCCUCGACCCCUGCUUGCUACUUCCUCGGCGGCAAGAAGGAGGAGAAGGCGGUACCGCUGCCGCGUCUCAGCCCGCCGGAACCUCCGGCGGUCCCGGCCGUCCCCGGCCGCGCACGUAGCAAGCGCGCGCGCCCGGCCAUCUUCUCGCCCCAAAUCCUCGUCGUCAUCCCCAGCCUCCCGCCGCCCGCCGACGCGGUCAACGCCGCCACAUCAGACCCGGAGAGCUUCGGCGAAUCCUCGUCCCCCGCGCCGCCACCGCCUCUCAAGAAAAAGAGCAAGAAGAAGAAGAUGAACCCCUACGCCGACGAGUCGGACUCGCCGCCGCCGGUGCGGAAGUGCGCGCACUGCCAAAUCCAGAAGACCCCGCAGUGGCGAGCGGGGCCGAUGGGGCCCAAAACACUCUGCAACGCCUGCGGCGUCCGUUACAAGUCCGGCCGGCUUUUCCCGGAGUACCGCCCCGCCGCCAGCCCCACCUUCGUCCCCUCCGUCCACUCCAACUCCCACAAGAAGGUCGUAGAGAUGCGCAUCAAGGCCAACCAGAACGCCGCCGAAGUCGACGGGUGCGACCUCCUCGACUACAUCCGGCGCCGGCGCGACUGAAUACGACCGGCAAUCCACCAAGAAACUCUCCCUCUUCCUCGCUCCAAGUUUGCUCUGUUUUCUGAAUUCAAUUUUUCAUAAACCCCCUCCAAGUUUUGUACAGAGGAAGUUUGAGUGGUUAACAAGAGGUAGCAGAACCCUAGACGAUGACAUUAUGCAUGGAGAGACAACUAGUUGCUAUAAUUGUUUUAGUUUAGAAGCAAGUAAAAGGAGGGGGAAACUUGUGGUUUGGUGUAUUGAAUUCUUUUUACAGUUAUUUUUGGAGGAGUCAUUUUUAUUAUUAUUAUUUUGAA